AGUUGUAAAGAGUGAGACGCCCUUCGGCAGCGGUAGUAACGCGUUGAGCAUUGUGGCUUUGACACUAUCACUCUCACACUCCGUCGCAACUUAGUCUUGCAUUGACCCGUUUAUACCUUGAGUCAAGUACAGACCAGAAACCAAGCAACCAUGUCUGACAUUAAGAAAAUGGAAUUAUCUGCCUCCAGCGGCAAGGUCUUCUCCGUUUAUGUCCAGGGAGACCUGAGCAAGUCUGACACCAGAGCUGUGUUCCUGACCGUGCACGACAUGGGAUGCAACCACACGUCUUGGGUGGAGUUCGUAGAGCACCCGGUCAUGAAGGAGACCAAGGACCGCUCCAUCUUCAUCCACGUGGACAUCCCCGGCCAGGAGGACAACGCCCCCGACCUCCCCAACGAGUGAGUGGCCAUGGCCUUCCUUGCGGCCGUU